AUGACAUCCUUCCCCAACGAUGCCGAAGAAAAUAAACAUAGGCUCGGCCCCGAACCUCGUCGUGUGGUCUCGCUCUCAGGUUUCACGCCUCAGCCAGACAUCUUUGGGCCCUUUGCCCCUACUAAUCCUCGACAGAGACCUGUCGGCGCCAUUGGCGACGGUCGACUCAAGGACGACUCCGACAUAGUGCAUACACAUGUCAAACAGCUUUUCCGUUCCCUCAACCUCAACUCACCCGAUCCCUACCCUUCUCACCCACCGCCUCCGCCUCCACCUCUCCUCACAAACACCAACCCGUCCUCCCCGGACGUAUCUCCUGUCUCAACCACCUCAGGCCUCUUCACUCCCACCGAUCUUUCACCUGCCAGGUUCAUGGAUUUCAAGUCGAGCGGAACCUAUGACUACGCACCCUCGGCGCCUUCUCAUGGUCUUAUGCUCGACACCGGGCUCGUUCACAGGUCCGCCGAGAUGUACUCUCCUCAGUCGUCGUCGGCCCAGCCUCCGCCAUUUACCAGCGCCUACCAGCAAUCGUCGCAUACGUUCCCUUUCUUCGAACCUUUCUCCGAAGUUCCAUCUCCUGUCUCGCCCAUGACUCCCGCGCAACAUUUUUCGUCCAUCCUCCCUCACCCAUCUCUCCGUCAGGACGUUUCCGCUCCUGAUACGCUGGCUUGGCGUCAUGAGAGGAUGCCCAGCGGCCCUGACUGGCACCGAACCGACAUGCAUAUACGAGAGCCCAGCUCUGGCUUUCCCCCCGAUGAAUAUUCAAUGAGAAAGUCUUUCCAGCAGCAUUCCCCUACCUCCGUUCGCAAUGGUGAACCUUCACCUGAGCCUAUCAAUUUUCUGUCUCUUUUACACCCGUCAUCCUCCCCGCCUUACGCUCUCUUCGUAUCUCGCAUCAUCAAGUCCUCCGACCAGCAAGCGUCCAUCUUCCUUCAACAGAAGUUGAAGGUGGCCGAUUUGGAGGAACGUGCCAAGAUUAUAGACGCUAUAUGCGCUCGUGGCUUCGAGAUGAUGGCCCAUCGCUUUGGCAACUGGGCAGUUCAGAGAUGCCUUGAAGCUGCGUCCACCCCCGAGGAGCGGCGCAAGAUUGUUUCCUGCAUGAAGGGGCGGGUUGUCGAACUGGCAUCUAACUGCUACGGUUGCCACGUCUUGCAGAAAGCUCUCGACUGCGAAGAAGACAUACGUCUUCUGAUUGUCUCGGAGUUGAUCCUCGGCGAUCCCGCUCAGACCCUCGUAAACAAGCAUGCUUCUCACGUGUGGAGCAAAAUCAUGGAGUUGACGUGGACUCCACCGGCACCUCCUAUCUUCGCCUACGUCAAUAGGUCCUUGAAAGGCAAGUGGGCGGCUCUCGCUUGCCAUGAGACCGGAUCUUUAGUUGUCCAGCACGCUUUCGAGAACCUGGAAGAGGCCGCUAAGGAUGGAAUCGUCGACGAACUCCUCAACCAAGGUCGACAUGUUUUCACUGACGUUGCGAAGAACCAAUGGGGAUCCUACUGCGUCCAACAUAUUUUGGAACAUGGCUCUCCUAUACAUCGCCAGAUGGCUCUGGACCAUAUCGUUACAGGCCUUCUCGAAUUCGCCACGAAUGAGCAAGGCUCCAAAUCGGUGACCAAGGCGCUGAAGGAAGGCGGAAAAGAGACAUCGGACCGGAUUGUGAGGCGCAUGGCGGAGCCUUCGCAAGGUGGCCGUCGUGCAAUCAUUGUCGACUUGGCGUUAUCUGUGUCGGGAAGUCAACUCAUAGCAGCCGUACUUCCUAACGUGGACAAGGAGCAACGCGCCUUGCUAUACGAUUCCAUCCGGGGCCAUAUCGUCACCCUUCGAGGCUGCAAGACUGGGUCGAAAGUCAUAUGGUUAUUGUGA